AUGCAGCGCGUUUUCCCUCAGCACGCACACGACGUAUUCCGCGGUGUGCCGCUUGUGUAUCCGCGCGAAAUCGAUGACGCGUGCGAGCGGAUCCGGGACGCAACGGACGGUUUGGGUGUCGAUGAAAAGGUCCUCGUGCAGGUACUGGGGUCGCUGUCAGCAAGCGACCGAUCGCUGCUCAUCUACCGCUACAAGGACUUGUACCGCGAGGAGCUCAAGGACACGCUCAGUCGAGAGACGGUCGGCGACAUCCGCUUCUUGUUGCUGCUCUUGACCAUGCCGUUACCAGAGGCCGAAGCGUUCGUGCUCAACAUGGCGACGUCGAGCAGUGGCACAAAAGAGCGUCUGCUGUACCCGAUCCUGCUGGGCCGCACGAACCAAGAGCUCUCGGUGCUCAAGGCCACGUACUACUGCAUCUUCAACAAGGACUUGACUUGGCUCAUGCGGUCGGAGCUCAGUGGCGACUACCGCGAGAUCAUUCUCCUGGCGCUCGAUCGACUGCAAGUCCCGUACGACCCCGCGGUCCACACGUACGAACAGGCCAAAACAGACGCCACAAAGCUGCACGAAGCGGGGGAAGGCCGCUGGGGGACAGACGAAACGUCGUUCGUGCGCAUUUUGUUCGCCAGUCCACGUGAGCAUCUCGUGCUCGUGAACGACAUUUACCAGAAAAAGUACGUGAACGACCUCGAAGAGGCCGUGCGCAACGAAUUCAGCGGCUACGCGAGCGAAGCUCUGGUCUUUUUUUGGUACGUCCGCGUAACCCCCAGCUUCCUGCUUCAGUUUCGACUGGCGCUCGAGCCGGACGCAGCGAUUGCCGACCACUUUGAACGUAUGAUGAAGGGGCUACACACGGACGAGAAGGGACUCAGCGCAGCGGUCAUCCGCUACCAUUGGAUGCAGCCGCGGGUUGAGCAACUGUACGAAAAGUUGCACGGACGGUCACUCGAAGAGAGGAUUCGCACCGACACUGACGCCAGCUAUGGCGAUCUCCUGGUCACGCUGCUGCACAUUCCAGCCAGUGAAAACGACCACUCUGCUGGCCGCAGCAGUGGCAGUGGGACCACUAACGAGGAGGUCAAGCAAGAGUCCUAG